GUAUGUAGUAGUAAUAACUAUGUAAUCUAUAAUUCAUAUACCAUAAGAAUUAUUUUUUAUAUAUCUCUAAAAUCCAUGAGGUUGAACAAGUUUAUUUUCAACUCAUCCAAACUUAGAUAUCUAAAAUAGUUAUAGAAAUGCAACGUUUUUUAAUAUUUCAUCAUAAGUCAUUAGUAUUUGUGUUUAUGUGAGUGUGAGAGCGAGGUGGUAAAAAUAUUUUGCCUUUCAAGUCGAUAGCAAUUAGCAAUCCCAGCAUCGUGUAUAAAUUUAAGCAGCGGGUAGUCUACGUGUUAAAAGAUUAGUGAAAAGAUUGUUGGAUUGCUCAGAACAACAUCUAAAAUGUGUGGAAUAUGGGCAACUUUUGGUCUGACAUCUAAUAAAUUACCUUGUCACUUAGGUACUACUUUUGCCAAGAUAUCUCAUAGAGGACCAGAUGCUUGGAGAGUAGAAUAUGAUGACAAAAUGAAGAAUGCCUGUGUUGGAUUCCACAGGUUAACAAUUGUAGACACCACGUAUGGAAUGCAGCCCAUGAAAUUACAUGUUUAUCCCACUUCUAUGUUGAUUUGCAAUGGUGAAAUCUACAACUGCAGAAGGCUUCAAAAACAAUUCAACUUUGAAUAUGAAACUUAUAGCGAUGUUGAAUGCAUAUUCCAUCUCUAUGAAAAUUUUGGUAUUGAAAAAUGCAUUCAAAACCUUGACGGUGUGUUUGCAUUCUGCAUUGUAGAUUAUCCCAGGAAUAAGGUAUUUUUGGGAAGAGACCCUUAUGGGGUUAGGCCGCUUUUCAAAUUAAAAAGUGAAAGUGGAAUUUUAGGAGUUUCCUCCGAGGCCAAAGGUUUGGUGGAAUUACAGAAAGAAUUAAAUGGAGAAAGUUAUAAAUUGGAACCGUUCCCACCAGGAACCUAUGAGGAAUAUGAUUUAUUAGAGUCUGGUAAAGUUAAAUUAGUAAAAACAGUAAAGUAUCAUUCACCUGGAGACAAACCUUUGUUUAAGCCUUUUUUACCAUAUACAGAUUUAUCACCAAUCAAUGAUAAGGAAAACAUAAACAAUUUAUUGAGAUUGGCAGUGAAAAAGAGGUUGAUGGCAGACAGGAGGAUUGGUUGUUUACUAUCUGGUGGUCUGGAUUCCUCUCUUAUAGCAUCUCUGUUGGCAAAAGAGGCCAAGGAAGCAAAGUUGCCAUAUAAAAUACAGUCUUUUUCUAUCGGAAUGGCUGACAGUCCAGAUCUGGUUGCCGCACGUCUUGUUGCCAAACACAUCGGGACGGAUCACCACGAGAUAAUCUUCGGAGAGGAAGACGUUGCCAGAGUUCUCGAUGACGUCAUUUACACCUUAGAAACGCCAGAUAUAACUACGAUAAGAGCAUCCAUACCCAUGUACCUGAUUUCGAAAUAUAUCUUAGAGAAUACUAACACUACUGUCCUGUUGAGCGGGGAAGGUGCAGAUGAAGUAGCGCAAGGAUAUAUAUACUUUAGAGAUGCUCCUGACGCUGACUCAGCUCACGAUGAGAGUGUGAGAUUGUUGAACGAGAUUUACAUGUUUGAUGGUCUGAGAGCCGAUAGGACCACUGCUUCUCAAAGCCUGGAGUUGAGAGUACCUUUUUUGGACAUCCAAUUCACCAAUUAUUAUUUGAAUCUUGCUCGGGAAUUGAAGCAACCAGUGAAAUCGGUGGAGAAGCAUCUUCUGAGAUCCGCAUUUGAUGGUACUGAUGUGCUACCUCACGAAAUUCUCUGGAGACCAAAAGAAGCAUUCAGUGAUGGCGUAGCAUCUACGAAGAAAUCUCUGUUUGUUAUUCUUCAAGAAAUUAUCGACAAACGGAUGCCUGAACCUUUUGAUCGGGACCUAACUGCUAAAAAGUAUCCACAUUGCACGCCUACUUCCAAGGAAGCUCUGUACUACAGGGAAGUGUUUGAGAAAAGUUAUCCUGGUCUGGCCGAGAACUUCUUACCAUACUAUUGGAUGCCUCGUUGGGUCAAGGAUGUUACAGAUCCUUCAGCUAGAUUUAUAAAACAUUAUGAGAGAUGAUAUCGAAAAUCUAUUACUAGGAAAGGAGUCGGUUAAGAGCAAAUACUAUCAAAAUUCCUGGAGCUACACUUUGAUGGUAGACUGAAUUUCGAUAGUCAUGUUAAAUGCAAUCUUUUGGGGUACAUCAAUGAAAAAUAACCGUCAUUUUGUAAAUGAAAUAUUGUUUCACAAACUAUUGUAUUUAGUAACAGUAGAUGAUGUUCAUUCAUUUAAUCAAAUAAUUAUGUAAUAGUUACUAUUAAAAGGUUUCUAUAUUAGGUUUGUAUAUUAGAUGAUUAUUAUUAUAUCGAGGCUCUCAAAGAAAGCAUAUUAGCAUCUGACUAUACAGUUCGUAUCACAUUCAACGAACUGGGACUGUCUUAAUGCAAAUAUGGUUUGUUACUCACUAAUCAGAUCUGACCAUGGCGUUGUAUUCUGGGGGAUAGUAACAAAGACAUGCAUGCCGGGCGAUACAUGUGUAAAGCAAAAAAUCGAGAUUCUUGUUAACCAUAUUUGUCAAGUAUAAAAUUCUGACUGUUGUAGCCUUUAUUCAUAUUGGAAACUGCGUGCCUAAUAAGAAAACAUAUAAUAAUAAUAAUAAUAAUAAUAGCUUUAUUGUGCAUAAAUUACACACAAAAGGUAGGGGUUAGCCUAUGGCUAUCUUCCUCCCCUCCUG